AACAACUGUCAUAUUGUGUUGGUAUUUCUGUUGUGAUUCUCAAUUGUUCCAAAAAAUGUCAAAAAAAUAAAUUUUGCUAUUGUUACUCCGCGUCGGGUCAAAACUUAAGACUAUUUAAGGUCCGGUCAUGACGCCAGGACGCCGCCUAUAGUGCAAGACUGUUUUGGACUUGGGGGUUUUAGGUUAGGUUUUGCGAUGAAUUCGCCUUUGCCUCCGCCGACAACGCAGCGGGACUGCAUGUCCGCCGCCACCAAGCGGUACAAAUACCUGCGAAGAAUGCUAAAGUUUGACCAGAUGGACUUCGAGUUUGCCUUUUGGCAAAUGCUGUAUUUGUUUAUAGCCCCCCAAAAGGUGUACCGGAACUUCCGUUACAGGAAACAGACCAAGUCGCAGUUUGCGAGGGAUGACCCGGCGUUUUUGGUGCUAUUUGCCGCCUGGCUUUGCAUCACUUCCGUUGGUUUUGCGAUAGUAUUAAAGCUGGGAUUUGGACAAUUCGUUUAUUUUCUUUUGUAUGUCAUUUUUGUUGAUUGCAUUGCUGUUGGAGUGAUCACAGCUACGUUUUUUUGGUAUGUCCUCAAUAAAUAUUUUAGGCCAAGUACUGAAGUACAAGAUGUUGAAUGGGGGUACUCUUUUGACGUCCAUUUAAAUGCCUUCUUUCCGCCAUUAAUAUUGUUACAUUUCUUUCAGUUGUUUUUCUACAACGGUUUGAUAAGUCACGAAUGGUUCAUUUCUAGAUUGCUAGGCAACACAUUUUGGCUGGUGGCAGUACUGUAUUAUAUGUUUAUAACAUUUCUAGGUUACAGUUCCCUGCAAAUCCUAAAUCGUACCCACUUGAUUUUAACACCAGUCCCCAUAGUUCUAAUAUUUUAUAUAAUCAGUCUAGUGGCUGGUCUCAAUAUAACCCACGUUUUGAUGACGUUUUAUAAACAUAGGGUUUUAUAGUUCUGUUACUGUUUUCUACAUCUAGUCUAAAAUUAUUUUAAUUAUCAGUUUUUGUAAAAAACUAUGUUUCUCAAUAAAACACAAAGUUUCA